AUGGCGGCGGGCAGCCGCAUUGCUCGCCGCGGCUUCUUCCUGGGCUUCCCGUGCCUCCUGAUCCUGGCCGCGGUGGCCGUUCCUUGGGUGGCGUCUCCGGUAUGCGGGGCUUCCCCGACGGCGCAGAGGUUGGCCGUGCGGCGGCACCUGAAGCGCCUGAACAAGCCUGCCGUUCACACCAUUCAAGUAGGGGCCGCUUUCCUCUUGGCCUCCCUGUUUUCGUUGACCUAAGAUGGGCUCUGCGGAAUCAUUUUUUUCUUUUAUAAAAAUCUGCAUUUGAUGUUUUUGGUUCAUAAACUCUUAACCCAUCUGUUUUUUUUUCUUUUUCACUGGAUCUCACUUUUGCCGGCAUUCAAUGUUCUUCACAAAUGUUCAAAGUCUUCAUCUCUCGCUUUAUCUAGCGCCAUUAUUCCGUGAAGGAGAUUCCAUUUCCUCGGGGGUUCCUGAUUGCCUUGGUCGUCCAGAAAGCCUUCGGUCCUCUGUGUUCUUCCCUUUCCCUUUCUCUACAUCUUGUCCUCAUCGUUCACAAAAAAAAAGAGGGGCUUUGAGGUGUUCGUCUUUCGUUUCAAAAAAGUGGGUUUGAUUCGUCCCAUCUUCGUCUUAAUGCGAGUUUAUGUUAUAGUAUCAUCUUCUGCAUUCCUCCCCGCGGCGGAUUCAUCUGAUUGCUGCCCUUGCAGAGCCCGGAUGGAGAUACCAUCGAUUGCGUUCAUGUCUCGCAUCAACCUGCUUUUGAUCACCCUUUCCUCAAGAACCACACAAUUCAGGUGCUCUCUCUCUCUCUCUCUCUCUCUCUCUCUCUCUCUCUCUCUCUCUCUUCUCUCUUUCAAGGCUGAAGUUAUUCUCUGGUUCAGAUGAGGCCUACGUUCCACCCGGAGGGGCUGAACUUUGAGAGCGAGGCCAGGAAGAACUCUGACCAGAGAGAGAGCUCCAUGACUCAGCUAUGGCACCUGAACGGGCGGUGCCCGGAGAACACUAUACCCAUCAGGCGAACGAAGAAGGAAGAUCUUCUCCGGGCGAGCUCCGUCAAGAGAUACGGAAGGAAGAAGCACGGCCGCCGCAUCCCCAGACCCAGCUCUGCAGAUCCUGAGCCGAUCAACGAGAACGGCCACCAGGUUGACAUGGAUUUCAGCGCCCUUCCCAGCCUCUCUCUCUCUCUCCUGCCCCCCUAGUGAUUUCUCAUCGUUCCUUCUUCCUGUUUCGUGGGUGAUCGAGCAGCAUGCGAUAGCUUAUGUUGAGGGCGACAAAUAUUAUGGUGCUCGGGCGACGAUCAAUGUGUGGAAUCCAAAGAUCCAACAGCCGAAUGAGUUCAGCCUGUCGCAGCUCUGGAUUUUGGGCGGCUCCUUCGGGGAAGAUCUCAACAGCAUCGAAGCUGGAUGGCAGGUGCUCUCUUCUCCGAUCAAAAAUCCAUCGAGAUUUUUGAUUUUUUUUAACUUAUUUAUUAUGUGAUCGAUCAUUCAAGACGUGCUUUGCUCAAUGUCAAUUUCUGUUCGGACCACAGGUCAGCCCCGACCUCUAUGGAGACAACAACACGAGGCUUUUCACCUACUGGACUGUAAGCGCGUCAACGUUUCUACGUCCUAAUUCAUCAUUUUGUUUCUUCUAUGCGACGUUGACUGUUCUUGUGAAUUGCGGCUGGGGGGACGACAGAGUGACGCGUAUCAGGCGACCGGCUGCUACAACCUACUCUGCUCGGGUUUCAUUCAAGUCAGCAGUGAGAUCGCGAUGGGAGCGAGCAUCUUCCCGGUUUCUUCUUACCACGGCUCCCAAUUCGAUAUCAGCAUUUUAGUCUGGAAGGUGAGAACACAGAUUAUGGAAAACUUUCCGCCCUCUACGCCCAGCGUUUAAAGAUCUUUUUCUUUUGGUUUUGAACUAGAAAGAAGACCCAAUUCAGAAAGCCCUUUGAAUCUUCCUCCUUUUCUUCCGUGAUUUGAUACCCGAAAGUUAAAAAGAGUUGAUGCCAUCUCUCUCUCUCUCUCUCUCUCUCUCUCUCUCUCUCUCUCUCUCUCUCUCUCUCUCUCUCGCUGUAUCAGGCAUCUGUCUUCCGUCGCCAUUAUUAACAGAGUUCUCUGUGGUGUGAUGAUUUGAUGCAGGAUCCCAAGCUGGGGAACUGGUGGAUGCAGUUCGGGAACGAUUACGUGCUGGGCUACUGGCCGGCCUUCCUGUUCUCGUACCUGGCGGACAGCGCCUCCAUGAUCGAGUGGGGGGGCGAGGUGGUGAACUCGGAGCCAGACGGGCAGCACACGGCGACGCAGAUGGGCAGCGGGCACUUCCCCGAGGAGGGUUUCGGCAAGUCCAGCUACUUCAGGAACAUCCAGAUCGUCGACGAGUCCAACAAUCUGAGGGCCCCCAGGGGCAUGGGCGCCUUCACCGAGCAGUCCAACUGCUACGACGUCCAGAACGGGAACAACGACGACUGGGGCAGCUUCUUCUACUACGGCGGCCCCGGCAAGGGUGACAAUUGCCCCUGA